AUGCCACCUACUCUUCCACCUCGACCGAAUCAUCUUCAAAGUGCCAUUCCAAUAGAACAACAACAACAUGAACCAAGUCUAGAUUCAGAUGAACCACCACCAGCUUACACGGCUACUGCUACUGAUCAAAACAAAACAGUAGAAUCAGGUCCAUCUUAUCCAUUCGGACCUACCGAACCACAACCCCAUCAACAGUUUAUACAACCUCAUCCUAACUCACAAGGAUUCAAUCAUCAUCAGCCUUUUCAAAGUUAUCCAAACCAAGCUUAUCAUCCUCAUCCUCCACAACAUCCUUACCACCAAACCCAUCCAAACCAUUAUCCAAAUCAACCAUUAUCCUCAACUUCAACUUCAUCUAACUUUCCUCCAUCACCAUCAAACGUAAAUCUCGAACCUACCAGGAUUCCAACUCAUGGUAGACCUUUACUUCAUGAUGAUAGAGUAUUAGUCUACCCACCUUCAAAUGUAUUCUUUUGUUCGAAAUGUUGUAACACAGGUUACAAAGGUUUUGAUCCAGCAAGACCAUGUAGAAAAUGUUGGGAAAAGUAUGGAAAACUUUGGUCAACAGUUAAAGUAUUAUCAAAUACAAAUCAAUUAAAUUUACAAAGACCAUUACCACCCAUUCAAGGAAUUCCAAAUAAUCCUACAUCAGCUUUGAUCGUCAGACCAGGUGAUUCACGUAUAGGUGGUAGAUUAUGUUGGAAUUGUAAUGGGAAAGGUGAAAUUGAAGAUGAAGGUUUAUUUGGUGUACUGUUUACGAGUUCUGAUCGUUGUAGAGUUUGUAUGGGAGCUGGUCGGACAUUUUAA